CCCUCAGGCUGUGUGCUUUUUCACUUUCCUCUGGGCAUCAAAGAAGGUAGUCAGAUAGUCUUUCAAUAGUCAUCAUCCAAAGGAAUUCACACACCAUUAUGGUUCAAUCUACAAUGGAACGCAGAGAGGUGCCAAGGUUGAUGAGGUACUACACCAUCACCACCGGCAAUACUAUGGAUUCUCAUAUCCAGUUUAUGAGACAACUUGGAGGAGGCUUCACUGAAGUGAUGUCACCAGAGCAGAGUGAUGUCAUCAUGGCUUUCUGUCCCAUCGUCUCUCGUGCUGGUACUGAUAUUGAGGCAGCACAGCAGCAGAUUCCAGAGGGUAAAGAUGUCAUUCUGGUAGUUCUGCAUCACGUUCUUAACCCAGACUGCACUGCACCUGACAGCAGCAGACUAGUGACCAGAAGUGAUGUAAUACUCACAGUGGACUGUCUGUUCCAUGAGAGUAAGGGAGGACUACUGAACUGUCCUCGCAACAAAGCAGCAGUUGGUAACAUUCUGAACAGGAAGCCAAAGGUGGUAGAUAUCAGCAUUGACAUCCCUGAUCACAGAAACAGUCCGCAUACAUUUCUUCGAGGGAUGUCAGGGAUGGUGAGAUUCUUCAUAUUUGUGGUUGGCAAUACCUUGGGUGCUCAUGUGGAUUUGACAAGACAUCUCGUCAUCAGAGGAGGCUGUACUGAAGUGAUUUCACAAGAGGAGAGUGAUGUCCUCAUGGCUUUCUGUCCCAUCGUCUCUCGUGCUGGGACUGAUAUUGAAGCAGCACUGCAGCAGAUUCCUGCGGGUAAACCUGUCAUUCUGGUAGUACUGCAUCACACCUUCAACCCAGACUACACUGUACCUGACAACAGCAGACUAGUGACCAGAGGUGAUGUAAUACUCACAGUGGACUGUCUCUUCCAUGAGAGCCAGGGACUAUUGGAGUGUCAUCGCAAUGAAGCAGCAGUCAAAGAGAUUCUGAAGAAGCUUAAUAUACAUCCUGAGAUGGUGUGUUCCAGUGUCCUUGAUUGCAUCAGAGCAGACAGGCGUUGUUGCCAGAGAUCACCAUUUGUUGUUGGGCUCAUUGUGUUUAUUGUUCUUGUUCUUUUUUGUUUGGUGGUAUUUUUGAUUGUUUAUUUCUGGAAACAAUGAGGUUUAUCAUAACCUAAUGGAAAAAGAGCAAGUAGGUCUAAACAGCAACAGAGGAAUAAACUGUAGACUACACAGACAACACAGAUAAACUGACUUAAUUAUACAUUAAAAAUAAUGAAUACAGCCUAAUAAAGCACCUACUCUACAUAUCUAUCUAUCAGGAUAGUAUAUUAGUUUAAGAUGGCAUGACGCUCAUGUAAUAUUGUAGGACUACUCUGAUAGUAUAUUCUGUGUUGUCACUUUGUUCUGCUUUGACUGCCCUUCUUUUAAAUAUUAAAGUCAUUGAAUUUCA